UAAGAUGGCGGAUGUGCUGUCAGCGUGUUUUUGUUUUGAACGCUUUAAAUAUGGUCCUGAUGAGUUGGAACAGCUUCACAAAAGUAAAGAAAUCGAUAAAACACUUGCUAGAGAGAAACAUGCAAUGAGAAGGGAAGUUAAACUGUUAUUAUUAGGUGCUGGUGAGAGUGGUAAGAGCACAUUUCUCAAACAGAUGAAAAUUAUACACGGACAGAAGUUUGAAGAAGAGGAUCUUCGUGAAUUUUCAGCUGUUAUUUAUCAGAACAUCGUUCGGGGAAUGAAGGUUCUCUUGGACGCGAGGGCUAAAUUACAUAUCCCAUGGGAACAUCCAAGUAAUGAACGUUAUGUCACCCAAGUUUUAGAUUACGAUAACAGUCUAAUCUUGGACACGAAACUCUUUUUACAUUUUUCUCACCCCAUAGAAAAGUUAUGGCAAGAUAAGGCGAUAAAAACAGCAUUUGAACGAAGAAAAGAGUUUCAGUUGGGAGAUAGUGUCCGGUACUUUUUUGAAAAUUUAGACAGAAUAUCUUCAGAAGACUAUAAUCCUUCACAUCAGGAUAUCCUUCAUGCUCGGAAGGCCACUAAAUCCAUCAAUGAGUUUGUGAUCUACAUCAACACAGUUCCUUUUCGAUUCGUGGAUGUUGGAGGACAGAGAUCUCAGAGACAAAAAUGGUUCAAGUGUUUUGAAAGUGUGACCUCCAUUCUUUUUCUUGUGUCUUCCAAUGAAUUUGAUCAGGUGCUAUUGGAGGACAGGUAUACUAACCGUCUUGUAGAGUCACAGGACAUCUUUGACACUAUCGUAAAUAACAGGUGUUUUGUAAAUGUGUCUUUUAUUCUCUUCCUCAACAAAACCGACCUCCUGCAAGAAAAACUCGAGAAGCGAGAAUCAAAUAUUGCCCAUUACUUUCCGAGGUUUAUGGGAGAUCCCCAUAGAUUAGAAGACAUUCAAAUAUUUUUACUUAAAAUGUUUGAAGGUGUCAUAAGAGACAAAAGGAGGCAGAUUUACCAUCACUUCACCACUGCCGUCGAUACAGAAAAUAUCAAAGUCGUCUUCAAUGCUGUACGAAACACGAUUCUUCAAAAAAAUAUUAAUCAAUUAAUGCUACAGUAGUUUGGCUUCAGCGUUAAGCUUAGAUAUUGUUCAAAGUAAAGACAGAGCUCAAGAAAUUCCAUGAGUCAGAUUUAUUUAAAAACAUUAUUUUUAUAUUAGUUCUUCAAAAGUUACCAAAAAAGUUUCAUAUUACCUAAAGAUGUUCUCACUUGAUUAACAUAUCUAAGGGCUUCUUCACAAUGUGUGAGUGUGUGUGUUGUAAUUUCAAAUCCAUGUAAUGUUGAAAAAUAUAAGGAGGUGGAAAAGGCGAACUUCUUAAACAGUUUAUGCUCUCUUAACGUAUAUAUAUAUAUAUAUAUAUUUUGUAACUGUGAUUUUGAGAAGGUGAUUAAUUCUACCAUGAAUAAUCUAGAACCUGUUGUAAAAUCAAAAUGUGAUAAAAGAAGUGUGUUAUUUUGUGGAAUCUUUUAUGUAUUUUCCAUUUGCUAUCCAGUUUUCUCCUCUUCGAGAAUGCAAAGAAAUAACUUGGAUUGUUAUUAGGGAAAAGAAUUGUUUAGUCAACGUUUGUACCAAACAUUUCACAGUGGUUUGUAUGUAGUUCAGCUAAAACCUUGACCUCUCGUUGAUCUUCUUACAGCAAUUUUAAUUCCUCCUUUGUAUAUUGAGAUUUUAUCUUGCUGUUGCUGCAUUUGUUUGUUUGCAAAAAAACAGCUUAUCUGUAAUGUAACAGAGUUAAGGUAAAACAGCUUAUCUGUAAUGUAACAGAGUUAAGGUAACUUUUCUAAUGUGUAUAAUGUUCCAGUAGAAUGUUAUCAUAAUUUAUAAUUGCCUUGGUUAGUACUGCUGCUUUAGCCUUGUUCUCUACUGGAGAUUUAACCAUUUCCUGUUGAUUAUAUUAUUUCAUGGAUAUGUUUAAUGUAUAUGUGACGAUGAGUGUUUUCAUAUUAUUCUGUAUUGUUGCUUAUUAUGGUUGUAUAUGGCAAUGGUCACCUAUGUUCAUGUAUGCAGAUUUUCAAAGGUACACAUGGUAAUUAUAUAUGUUAAUUAUACUGUAAAUUAUGCGUAUGUUAAUGUUUGUCUUCGUGAUAACAUUUAUUUUUUUUCCCAACAACAUUGAACAAGCAUUUUUAUUGUGUUAGUUUGUGAAGAUUACUCAACCCCACUAGGUCAUAAUAUCCUCACAAAUCACUUUUGUAAAGCAUCAUAAUUUAGUGGUUUAAUAUGUAAAGAAUAAUUAGUAUCUAAUAAAGAGUUAAGAAAGGGAAACUAAUUGGAGGUUUACCAACUUGUUGUUGUUGUUGUUACCAGUUCAAAGAAUAUGUUUGGGUUUUGAAUUAGAUGUCCAGUGUGUGAAACUAGGUUCAGUAUCAAAGUCACAGGUACAGAGCUAGUGAGCUAACAUUUAUUCCAAAAUAGCAGCUUGCACGUUGUUGUUUUUCUUAUCUGGAAGACAUUUUUUGUUAAUGCUCCAGAUGUAGAAUAAUGUAAUCAUCUUGGAUGUUAGCAAGGUAUAUUCAACCCACUUCCCAACCUUAUAAACUUGGAUACUAACAAGAUUAUGGUAGAUGUUUACUUGUUAAUUAUGUUAUUCAAGGUAAUAACUUAUUUUGAUGACAGGUUGACUUAUCUUUUUGCUAAGCUGCACAUUUUUACUUUGAACAUUAUUUCGAUGUUGAUUGAGUUAUCCAACUGUUGUUUGUUACUGAAUCCUAUUUGUGUUGAUUGUGCUAACUAACUGUGGAUUGUUUCGAUGUUGAUUGAGUUAUCCAACUGUUGUUUGUUAUUGAAUCCUAUUUGUGUUGGUUGCCCUAACUAACUGUGGAUUGUUUCACUGAUCACAGAAUUUUCCAACUGUUCUUUGCUAUUGAAUUGUACUUGUGUUAAUUGUGCUAACUAACUGUGGAUUAUUUCACUGUUGAAUGAGUUAUCCAGUUGUUGUUUGUUAUUGAAUCCUAUUUCUGUUAAUUGUGCUAACUAACUGUGGAUUGUUUCACUGUUGAAUGAGUUAUCCAAUUGUUGUUUGUUAUUGAAUCCUGUUUGUGUUAAUUGUGGAUUGUUUCACUGUUGACUGAGUUAUCUAACUGUUGUUUGUUAUUGAAUCCUAUUUCUGUUAAUUGUGCUAACUGUGGAUUGUAUCACUGUUGACUAAGUUGUCUAACUGUUGUUUGUUAUUUAAUUCUAUUUGUGUCAAUUGUGAUAACUAAUUGUGGAUUGUUUCACUGUUGACUGAGUUAUCCAACUGUUGUUUGUGACUGGAUCCUACUUGGGUUAGUUUUGCUAACAAACUGUGGGUUGUUUCACUGAAACUUAAUGCAUGCUGUGUUAAUAAAAUGGAUUGCAUUUAAAACUUGUUGAUUAAGAAUUGUAUUUAUAAGUUAUGUAUUGUUAUACUGAUUGAGUGCUGUGUUAGCAUUGUAUGGAUUUUAACAUUGAACAUUUAGUUUUACUUGUAUUAACAAAUAGUGGAUUGGUUUUGGUGAACAUUCAUUGAAUAUUGUGUUAGAAGAUUGUGGGUUGUUGUACUGACUCCUGAUUUAACUAUUAAGUGUGUUAACAAAAAGUUGAUUUUUAAAAAACUUUGGACUGUUACAUUGGGUAUUAGUCAAGUGUUACUAAUUUGAUAAUACACUGGAUUGUUACACUAAAUAUUCAUUUGUUGUUUGUGUUAACAGACUGGAUUGUUAUACUGAACAUUGGUAAAGUGUUAGAUUGUUUUAAACUGUUAAUUGUUACAUUUAACAUUGGUCAUGUUUUUAGAUUGUGUUAACAUUAGACCAGUGCUGUGGAUUAUCACAUUGAUCAUUAGACCAGUGUUAUAUUGUGUGAAGAAACUAGAUUGCUGCAUUGUUGUUGUUUAAAUGAUGGUUGACAAUGUAGAACUCUGAGUACGAGGUGAAAAUUAUUAUCGAGUUUUGAUAAGUUGAUACAAACUUGCUCAUAUUUGAUUUGGUUAAUUAAUUAGUUAUAUAUAUAUUAGCUCUCUUCACAUUUCACUGUGAGUUCAGGAAGUUGUUAACACUCUGGUUUCUUAAUUUUAACUACUUAUGUUGGGACCAUUGGAUGCACACAGUAGUGACAGUGCAUGGUUAUAUCUUAGUACACAAUGCACUAGCACCUACACAGAACUGAUGUUUCUUGUAAGCCUUUUGUCUUGGUGAUACUUGAACUUCAAGUAUUGCAGUGAAUACUAGUCAUGUAAAGAGGCUGUUCUCUCAAACUUUGUCAGUUUGCAACACUCAACAAAGUGUGCAUGAGCCACCAGGUGUUUGUAUCUUAUUUUUUGUAUAAAUUAUUUAGAUGUGACAGUACACCAUUGCUUGCAGAAAAAUAGUUCAUUCUUAUUUGGUAGAAAUAUGUUGGCCUUAUCAGUAAACACAAGUUAGAGGAUAUUCUGGACUGAGCACUAGACAUAGAGAAUGUACUAGACUGAUCACUAGACACAUAGGAUAUACUAGACUGAUCACUAGACACACAGAAUGUACUAGACUGAUCACUAGACACACAGAAUGUACUAGACUGAUCACUAGACACACAUAGGAUAUACUAGACUGAUCACUAGACACACAGAAUGUACUAGACUGAUCACUAGACACACAGAAUGUACUAGACUGAUCACUAGACGCACACAGAAUAUACUAGACUGAUCACUAGACACACAUAGGAUAUACUAGACUGAUCACUAGACACACAGAAUAUACUAGACUGAUCACUAGACACACAGAAUAUACUAGACUGAUCACUAGACACACAGAAUGUACUAGACUGAUCACUAGACACACAGAAUGUACUAGACUGAUCACUAGACGCACACAGAAUAUACUAGACUGAGCACUAGACACACAGAAUAUACUAGACUGAGCACUAGACACACAGAAUAUACUAGACUGACACUAGACACACAGAAUAUACUAGACUGAUCACUAGACACACAGAAUAUACUAGACAGAUCACUAGACACACAAAGGAUAUAGUAGACUGAUCACUAGACAUACAGAGGAUAUACUAGACUGAUCACUAAACACACAAAGGAUAUACUAGACUGAUCACUAGACACACAAAGGAUAUACCAAACUGAUCACUAGACAUACAGAGGAUAUACCAAACUGAUCACUAGACAUACAGAUGAUAUUCCAAACUGACCACUAGACAUACAGAUGAUAUACCAAACUGAUCACUAGACAUACAGAGGAUAUACCAAACUGAUCACUAGACAUACAGAUGAUAUUCCAAACUGACCACUAGACAUACAGAGGAUAUACCAAACUGACCACUAGACAUACAGAGGAUGUAGUAGACUGAUCACGAGACAUACAGAGGAUAUACCAAACUGAUCACUAGACAUACAGAUGAUAUACCAAACUGAUCACUAGACAUACAGAUGAUAUACCAAACUGACCACUAGACAUACAGAGGAUAUACCAAACUGACCACUAGACAUACAGAGGAUAUACCAAACUGACCACUAGACAUACAGAGGAUAUAGUAGACUGAUCACUAGACAUACAGAUGAUAUACCAAACUGACCACUAGACAUACAGAGGAUAUAGUAGACUGAUCACUAGACAUACAGAUGAUAUACCAAACUGAUCACUAGACAUACAGAGGAUAUACCAAACUGAUCACUAGACAUACAGAUGAUAUUCCAAACUGACUACUAGACAUACAGAGGGUAUACCAAACUGACCACUAGACACAACUUAUUAAUAGCCAUCUUGUAAUAUUUAGAUGAAGGUUUUGAGUCAGUUGUUUUUUCUGAAAUGCCAAUGUCUAGAAUUGUGAAGUUGUUGAGCUGCUUGGUGUCUAGCAGAGAAGUUAUUUAAAAAAAUCUAUUAAUGUAAAUUAGUAAACUUAUUCAUGAUAUCAAUUUAGCUAUACGUGUUACCUAUUUUCCGUAUUAGAGAUGUCAUAUAUAAGACAACAUUGAAACAAGCAGCCAAAGAAAUAUAUUUACUUGUUACUUGUGAUAUUGAGCUAAAUGUUUGUGUGUUUAUAUUCUUACCAUUGAAUAUUUCAAAAGUUUUAUAUCACAGACACUGCCAGUAAAUCCAUAAAGCUUUAAUAUAUUUACCAGACGGCAGACAUACCUUGGAAAUUAGUUUUCAGGAGUUUUGUGGAUGAAACUAAUCAUGGAUAGUUUAGGAAUGACCUUUUAUUACAAAUUAUAUUAUAUGAGUGACACUUAUACCUUCCUUACAGAGCAGUAUUUGAAUAUAUUUUAAUGCUAGGUAGGUAAAGAAAAUUUUGUUUAAAAAUAUCAGAAUUUUUAUAUUCUCUCACACUUUAACAUUUUGUGAGAAAUGUCGAAGAAUAGUUUCUUUUCAGUCUCUUUGUAGAAAACCUGUGACCUAUGGUCAAACUACUUUAUUAUGGGUAUUUUGGACUCCUUAAGUAUUUGUUAAGCUAUCAUUUAUCCGUCAGCCCAUUAUUAUAAUCCAUUCAGUGUGCAUUUACUACCUUAUCAGCUUGUUUUUGUGUCGUAAUAGUAUUUUGGUUUGUUUAUUGUGCUGAAAAAAUGGCCGUUUUAUGAACGUAUAAAACAACAGCUGAAAUUCCUAGCCAGUUGUUUCCGACUUAUGGUGAUCUCGAGUCUUUCACGAACAGGACACGUAGUAUGCACGUGCAUGGAAAAGAAGGUAAGACCUUGUACCUUUUAAGUGCUUGAUAAUGCCGUUGGUGAGGAGCUAUGACAGAGCUACCGGCUCAAUAAACAUAAGGGAUACUCCAGCAGUUUGGAGUGUUCUGUUUUGUUUAUAAAAUCCAUGUUUGAGAAGUUUGUCUUCGUCAUACUUAUUAAAUAGAAAGAGGGCCCAACUCUGACCUCUGUAUUAAAGAGAGAGAAGCUCCAGCCAUGACCUCAGCUAGAAAAUAAACUCUAAACGUGUGAACCAAAGAGUUGGUAUCGUUUUAUAAAUGAUAACCUCUUGAUAACUGCCAAAGUAUGAGCACCUCACUAAAAGUACUGUACGACGGAAAGAUGAUAAGUGUCAGUAGUUGGCAUCAUUUCCUUCUAUAACAUCAUCUCUGCCUCAAUAUUCUUCAACCGUACUCAGGUUACCGAAUAAACACAUAUAUGUAUUCUUAGUGUGGAAAUUAGUAUUUGUUUUUGAACUUGUAUCCAAGGAUGUUACUACACACUUUCAGAUAUAGUUGGAUGCAGUAAUAAUGCUUUUUUUUUUAAAGUUACGCUUGUUGUAUGAAUUUAGCAACAGUAUUAAAAUAUGUUUAUAGCAGUUA